AUGGCUUCCGCAUAUUCCAGGGACCAAGUCGUCUCUUAUCUCAACUACAUUGGCCUCCCCCAAGAUCUUCACAAUGCCUCACCAACGUUGGCAUUCCUUCAGCAAUUGCACACCUAUACCAUCUCCAAACUGCCCUAUGAGAACCUCUCGCUGCAUUACAACCCCUCGCAUAGCAUCGAUGUCGAUCCUCAGCACUUGUUCACAAAGAUCGUGACUAACAACAGGGGCCGCGGCGGCUAUUGCAUGGAGAUAGCACUCUUGUACAAUCACAUUCUAUGUGCUUUGGGGUUUGACGCCUACACAGCUGGUGUAAGGACUAGGCCAAGAGUACAUGGCACGCCUACUGGUGACUUUCCAGGAUGGAGCCACAUUGUCAACAUCAUAGCAUUCCCUGACGGCUCGAAGUUCCACGACGACGUUGCCUUUGGCGGCGAUGGACCGACUAUGCCAAUGCCUCUUGAAGACGGCCGUGUUCAUCACAAUCUCGGCACUCAAGAGAUUCGGCUGGUACGAGACUGGAUACCGACGCAAAGCCAUCGAACAGACGAGUCGAGGCUGUGGAUCUAUCAAUACCGCAAUCAGCCUACUCAGCCCUGGCUAUCCUUCUACGCCUUCCCAGAGCUGGAGUUCAUGCCACUGGACUGGGGUGUCUUGAACCAUUGGAUGAACACACAUCCAGACAGCAAUCAUAGGCAGAACCUUUUGAUCGUCAAAUUCCUACGCAGAGAAUGCGAAGACCAUGUCUAUGGGAAGAUCAUGAUGGUCAACAACUUGGUCCGGCGAAAUCUGGGUGGCAAGACCGAGACUGUUCAGACUCUGGAGACUGAGGAGAAACGAGUUGAUGCGCUGAAGCAUUGGUUUGGUAUUACUCUUACUGAAGACGAAACGAAGGGCAUCGAAAGCUCGCCGCGAAGCCUUGCUUGA